CUCAAGUCCAAUAAAGACCAACGACAUCACAGGCUUGUAAAGUCUAUUAUAGAUAUUGAAGUGAGACGUUUAGACUUUUAAAGACUUUUCCUGAUGGACUGAGAGAUUUGUACCAAGUCAGCCUCUGGGACUUGUAAGUCUAUAGGUUACUUCUGCUGACUGACUAUGAUUUCAGAAAUGACACGCCGCUGGGAGCCUUUUACUGCCAUCACAGCAUGGGCAUUCUUAGGCCUAGUCUCCGCCCAUGCCCAAGAAUAUUUGGGGUAUGGCCUAGAUGCCCCUGGUGACUACUGCCCCACCUACAUCAAUUACAUCACAGAAUACAAGACAGAGUUGAAGCACGUCACACAAUACGAGACGGUCUACCACACGAAUUUCGUAGCCAGCACCGUCGUCCAGCCCGUCUACAAGACGAUCUACAACACGAAAUUCGACACGAAAGUCGUCCCGAAAUACGUCUCCACGACCCACUACUCCACGCACGUCGAAAAUAUAGUCGGCUACAAGACCAAAUACCAGACGUCGUAUUUCGACGAGUACGUCACCGAGACGAACUACGUCGAGAAGUACGUCACGGAUACGGUCUACCAGACAGUCUAUCUGACGCAGAUCGCGUACAAGACGGAGCUGACGACAGUGUUAUCGCCGUCUUACGUGACGUCGACUCGGUACGCGUAUCAUACGGCGUAUAAGACGGAGUACCGACCGAAGCAUAAGACUGUCGUGGUCACGAUGCCGGCUUAUGUGACUGUCUGUCCUGAUGUGGAUUACUGGUGAAUUUUAUUUUGAAAUUUUUAAUUCAGUCAUUAAAUUCUUUAGGUUUUUAUUAUGGUUUGUCUGUUGAAUGUUUGUUUUGAAUUUAUUUUCUAAAUUUCAACUUUCUUAAUUAUAAAGUUUAUCAUUUAAUUUUUAUUUUUCUUUUAUCUUAUUAGAAAGGUUUGACUGGCGAAUGUUUGUUUUUAAUGUCUUAUUUUCAAAAUUUUAAAGGUCUAUAUUUUGAAUUUCAUCACUUAAUAUGUUAUCUUUAUUUAUUUUUUAGAAAGGUUUGGCUGUUGGAUAUUUGAUAUUGAAUUAAAUUUAAUCUAUUUUGGAAAGUGUGCUUGUUUACUUAUGUGUGUGUGUGU